CUCUCGUACAACUUUCAUUGGCGCGACUUGAAGUCUUCCUGUAGAAAGACGUCAUAUCCUACAGUCUCUUCGAUAACGCGGUUGCGCCCAGGUUAUCUUCUACCAUAAGCCAGACCGAAUCUAGUCUCUGUCAAGGAUGACUAGCUCAGUCCGUACUCUGAACGACGGCUGGUCGUUCACACAGGUGGGAGGUGGGGAGGGUACUAAGAACGGCGAAUGGUUGGCUGUCUCUGAGUUCCCGACGACGGUUCAUGUGGAGUUGUUGAAGCUGAAGAGGAUCCCUGACCCGUUCGUCGGGCUACAUGAGUGGGACCUGCAAUGGAUCGGAGAGGUCGAAUGGGCCUUCAAGUGCUCCUUCUCCGUCUCUGAGCAAGAGCUCGCUCUGCCGAACGUCGAUCUCGUCUUUGAUGGCCUCGACACUUUUGCUACCGUCGUCUUGAAUGGGAAGAAGAUCCUCGACACAGAGAAUCAAUUCGUCCAGUACCGGGCUGCUGUGAAGGAACAUCUCAAAGUCGGGGCGAACGAACUCCUGCUGACGUUUGACAGCGCCUUCUUGAAGGGACGUGCGUUGGAGGAGGAACAUGGAAAGCUCGAGUUAUGGAAUGGUGACUCGAGCCGUUUGCACGUUCGGAAGGCUCAGUAUAACUAUGGUUGGGACUGGGGUCCCAUCCUGAUGACCGCUGGUCCAUGGCGCCCUGUCCACCUGCACUCUUAUGCAACACGAAUCAAGGACAUCCGUAUAUCUUCAAAUGUCAACUCCGACUUGGCUGUCGAUCUCGAUGUCAGCAUUUCGCUCGAUACCCCAUUCUCUGGGGCGGCGGACAUCGUACUACUAGACGAGUCUGGAAAGGUUGUAGUGAAAAAGGACGAUGUGGAUCUAGGUAACGGAGACAUCAAAGAGCACUUCCAUCUGGAGAAGGAGGAAGUGGAGCUUUGGUAUCCCGUGGGGUAUGGCAAGCAACCGCUUUACUCAGUCAGAGUGCAGAUCAAGGACGCGCACGGGCAAGUGACGGCAGCCCAGACACAGAAGAUCGGCUUCCGUCGUGCGUUGGUGGUGCAAGAGCCACUUGCCGACCAGGAAGGCCUUACAUUCCUCUUCGAGAUCAAUAAUAUCAGAAUAUUCUGUGGAGGUUCGAAUUGGAUACCGGCAGAUAGUUUCCUGACGACCAUGACGCCUGAGCGAUACCGCGCUUGGCUCCAACUGCUCGUGGACGGGAAUCAAAAUAUGAUCCGUGUGUGGGGUGGUGGGAUCUACGAGGCCGACGCUUUCUAUGAGAUCUGUGACGAGCUUGGGAUCCUUGUCUGGCAGGACUUCGCCUUUGGCUGUGGCCAAUAUCCGGCGUACAAUUCUUUCCUUGAGAACAUCACUGUCGAGGCGGAACAGAACGUCAAGAGACUGAGACAUCACCCGUCAGUCGUUAUCUUCGCGGGUAACAAUGAAGACUAUCAGCUCGCCGAAUCCUCUCACCUCGAGCUGGAUUACUCCGACGAGAAAUCUGAUUUCCGCAAGACGAACUUCCCAGCGCGGCAUAUCUAUGAACGGGUCCUGCCGUCCAUCGUGGAGAAACAUUCCGACAUCCAUUACCAUCGCAGCUCGCCGUACAGUGGGAGUGGCAAGCCGACGACGGACCAGAGAUACGGGGAUCUGCACCAGUGGAACGUCUGGCAUGGGUCGCAGGAACCAUGGCAUAACUGGGAUAUCCUCGCGGGACGAUUCGUUUCCGAAUUCGGGAUGGAAGCGUAUCCUGACAUCCGGACGGUCGAUUAUUGGGUUGGCGACGACAAGUCCCAACGGUUCCCGCAGUCGCGAGUGACCGUGAACCACAACAAGGCAUCUGGCUUUGAACGCCGUUUGGAAUUAUACCUCGUGGAGAAUUUCAAGCAUGCUUUUGACAUGGAGAGUUAUGUCUACUACACGCAGAUAAUGCAGGCCGAGACGCUGGCAGCAGCAUACAGAUUAUGGAGACGAAACUGGAAGGGAAGAGGAAGGGAAUACACAGCUGGUGCGCUCGUCUGGCAGAUCAACGACUGUUGGCCAGUCACCUCCUGGGCCAUCGUAGACUACUUCCUCCGCCCCAAACCAGCCUACUUCUCCAUCGCGCGCGAGCUCCUCCCCUACACCGUCGGCAUGACGCGCAAAGACCACAAAACCUACGCCGACACUCCGAAUCACACCGCAGCGUUCUUCACCAUCCGCUCCGUCCUCGAAAUCUGGGCGACCAACAGCACACUCGCCGCCAAACAAGUCACCCUCCAAGUCACGUCGUUCGACCUGGAUGAGACAGCGUGGCGCGAUGGGUGGGAGAUGGAGAUCACGCUCGAGCCCAACGCGUGUACGGAGGUCUGGAAGGGUGAUGUGCCCGGCCAGGGUGUGAGGACGAAGGAGAGCGAGGUUCCAAGGCCGAUUAUCGUGAGCGCGAGGUUGAUGGAUCCACAGAGCGGUGUCGUCCUGAGCAGAUACUCGAACUGGCCAGAACCCUUCAAAUACCUCACCUUCCCGCCCGUCUCAGACCUAGGCCUCACCAUCACUCCCCAGCAGGACGGCGAGUCUCUCUGUCUAUCGACUGAGAGGCCCAUCAAGGGAAUCGUGCUCGACGUCGAGGGCGAGGCGGUCAAAUGGAGCGACCAGGCUAUCGACCUCGUUCCGGGAGAUGACCAGAUUAUCAGGGCGGUGGGGUUGGGUGGGAGGAAGGUCAAGGCGCGGUUCCUCGGAGAUGGGAGUGCUUGAAGCUUGAACUGCGAGAUGCGAGAACCGAGAAGCUAGAAGCCAGAAGAAAAAAAAGGUGGGUGGCGGUGAGCGUGUGGGCGUAUGUGGGCGUUAAAGGGUUAGAGGUUAGGUUAUCUGGGCUGGCAUCGAUCGUGUAUCUUGUAAGGCUGUAAGCUUAAGGGUCGAGGGGGUCGAGGGAGAGAGAUAGAGAUAGAAGGAACGGCUGGCUAUGCUAUGAAGUAACGCGCGAAUUGUGAUGAGACGAGAAGCCGUUUGUGAAUGUGAAAGAGGAUCAGAUAUAGCCAAGACGGCAUAAUUUCUGGUUUGGUUUGGUUUGGUGUAGUGAUAUGAUGAUGACGAUGAUGAUGAUUGAUGGUGGUUGGUGGUUGGUUGGUGGUGCUGUUGAGUACACAUAUACCCAUAAAUAAG